UCGAUUGUCGUGCCGCAGCCACGAUCUGGAGCAGUUCCACCCACGCGAGGGCAAUCUCGCAAUUAAAACAUUCCGUGGCCGUCACGUCGGAGAUGGAUUUCCUCCGACGCGAGGUCAAAUCUCGUGAUUAAAACAUUCUGUGGCCGUCUCGCAUGAAACUAGGAUCUCUUCCGCUACAAAUACCUGGCCCAAGCCUCGCUCGCCACUGCUCUCUGCCUAACCCCCCACCGUCCCCUCUUUCCGCGCUAAGGAAUUAUUCUAGGGUUUCGGAUAUUCGGUUCCAAUCUCCGAAUUUUUUAAAUCUCGAUCGGUAGUGGAAUCGGAAGAACCACGCGAUCGCAUUUAUAUCGACGGAAGAAUCGAUCGGGGGUGACUUCCCUGGAGGUGAGGAGGACGGAGGGAUUGUAGGGCUCCGCUACGGUGGAUUUUUGUGGGUUUUGAUUGACUGUGGGUUUGGUUUGGGGAAGGAGAAGAAGGGUUUGGAGUUGGGGGCGAGGUUAUGAGGUUGAACGGGGAGAUUUCCUAUAGGAAUGAGGAGGAGAAGGAGAACGAGAUGGGUUCGGUUCUGCUGCCUCCGCUGCCGCAGCAGAAGCUCGUCGUGGGGUACGCCCUGACGUCGAAGAAGGUCAAGAGCUUCUUGCAGCCGAAGCUGGAAGGUUUGGCUAGGAAGAAGGGGAUUUUAUUUGUUGCAAUUGACCAAAGUAGGCCUCUUUCAGAGCAAGGUCCUUUUGACAUUGUUCUACACAAGUUGACUGGAAAAGAGUGGCAACAAGUUCUGGAGGAUUAUGGGAGAAAACAUCCAGAAGUGACUGUGCUAGAUCCACCGGAUGCUAUACAACACUUGCGCAAUCGACAAUCAAUGCUUGAGGGUGUAGCCAAUUUGAAUCUAUCAGACUGCUAUGGUAAAGUUGGUGUUCCUAGGCAAGUAGUAAUUACAAAAGACCCCUCAUCAAUCCUAGAUGCAGUUUCCAAGGCUGGAUUAACACUACCUUUAGUUGCAAAGCCAUUGGUAGUUGAUGGAAGUGCAAAAUCACAUGAACUAUCUCUUGCUUAUGAUCAAUUUUCCUUGUCAAAGCUUGAUCCACCCUUGGUUUUGCAGGAAUUCGUCAAUCAUGGCGGUGUUCUCUUUAAGGUCUAUAUUGUUGGGGAAACAAUAAAAGUCGUGCGGCGGUUUUCCCUUCCUGAUGUUAAUAAAUGCGAACUAUUAAACGGUGCUGGUGUCUUUCGAUUUCCCAGAGUUUCUUGUGCUGCAGCCUCUGCAGAUGAUGCCGACCUGGACCCUGUUGUUGCUGAACUUCCUCCUCGACCGUUGCUUGAGAGGCUUGCUAUAGAGCUCCGUCGUAGACUGGGCCUUCGGCUAUUCAACAUAGAUAUGAUCAGGGAGCAUGGGACAAGGGACCGAUUUUAUGUCAUUGAUAUCAACUAUUUUCCUGGAUAUGGCAAAAUGCCAGGCUAUGAACACAUUUUCACUGACUUCCUUCUAAGCCUGGUGCAAAGCAAGUAUAAAAGGCGAUUAACAGCUAAAGCUGCUGGUGCUGAAAUGUUCUUUGAUCUGCAAGCAUCAGGUGGAUGUUCCAAGUCUUCAACCUGCGCUCUAAAUCGCCCAUGUACGUAGCUGGUAUGGGUCAUGUGAAGCUGAAGACUGACAAAUGGUCAGACAGUGGUCUUGAUCAGCAAAGAUGCUCCAUAAUUGCUAACUGCUGUUGUUACAUGCCUUUCCAAAGGCUUUCACCAUUAAUGUACGCAAGCUUUCUUCCUGUUCGUUGGCUAUAUUUUUCUGUUAAUUUUCUUCAAAUCCAAUCUCAAGAGUAGAAAAUUUGUGAAUAAAAUUACUAAAAUUUAGAUUCCUUCUACU